UAUUUUUAUUCAUACUGUUAUGUGAAUCAACUUUCCAAUGUGGCAAUGUAUCUCUAGGAGGUCAGUGCUACGUGUUUGACCCCCAGUGCUAGCAGCCCCCCAUUACCAACCAUAGCUGAGACCACUGACAGUCAGCAGAGGUCACAUGACCACCUUAUGAACUCAAUGACAUUGGACCUGACCCCAUGCUAUUCCCCCACCAUAGUUGCAAGUAAAAAACUUGUUCUUCAGAAUAAAAUGCAACAAUUUAAAUGUUCCACUGAAAAUACCAAUAACAAAAAUGUCCAAUCAAAGGAAAGUCAUAAAACUAAAACUGAAUCAGCAAUGUCAGAUGUUGGGUCAGAGGGUGGUUGGCAGUUUGAAAGUGAAGGGGACCUCUUAAUGUUUAAUGAUAAAGAAACUGUUGAAAGCACUGAAUUGGUUAUGACAGAUGAUUAUUAUUCAAAAGAUGAUAAUUUUGUUCAAAAUGAUGAAGUACUUAAUGAUGAAGUCAAUGAAAAUGCUGAGGUUAAUGAAGAUUUUCAGUAUAGUUUAGAUGAAUCGGAGAGAGAUUUGGAUGAAGUUAUUGAGGUUAAAGAGGAGGAAUCUGUUACCAAAGAAAUAACUGAGGUCAAUGAAAAACAUUUUGUGUCAGAUUCUAAAGAGUCAACUGGAGUCGACCAAGAAGUUAUUGUGUCAGAUGUCAAAGUGUUAAUUGAGGUUACCCAAGAAAAUGUUGUGUCAGAAACCAAAGAGUUAAUUGGGGUCAACCAAGAGGUUGUUGUGUCAAAUACCAAAGAGUUAAUUGAAGUCAAGCACAAAAAUAUUGUGUCAGGUGAGGUCGACAAAGAAAAUAUUGUGUCGGCUACCAAAGA